AUGGAAACUGAGGACAGCGAAGCUAGUAACGACUCAUUGGAAAGAAAUUCAGUGGUCUCGUCGCCCUCUAAAGUACUGGAUAUGCUCUCGCAAGAGAAUCUCUCGUAUGUAGAGAGCAGGCCUCAGGAACCUGAACAGCUCCCCUUCGGAGGCGACAUCCCGCGUCUGAGCGUCUCUAUGACGCCGUGGAGGAAACUUGCGGUCUCUAGCCGUAAUGCAGCCAGUUUUGAGAACAGCUACCUGGAUUCGAAUUGCGGAUCAGAGCCAUUACAAGCCCUGCCAACAUUCGAGGCAUCUCCGCUCAAUUCCAGACCACACACGCGAAACUCUCUAUUUUCCGAAGAUGGUACAUCUAGUGCAGCCACGGCAACAGCCUCUGCUUCGUCCAGUAAUGAAAUUGAGCAACUCCAGAGACAACUGACGACUUGCAAACUAAAACUACGAAUUCUCACAGAGCUGCUCAAAGAGUUAAACUACACGCACGACGUGUGCGGCGAAGACGGCGGGCCAAGAAGUCAGGUGUAUGAAAAGCUGAUCCAGAAAUUGCCGGCCCACGACAAAGUUGGUGAAAUAUCAAAAGAGCUCAACGAGCUGCGCCAAAAUCUAGACAUUAAGAACAAAGAGCUAAUUGAACUCAAACAGGAACUGGUGUCGAGCAAAGACGAGUAUCACACCGUUUUGAACGACGUGAAUUCAUACCUCGAGCAUUCUGAUGUGAUUGCGGGCAAUAUUGACGAACUCUUGGCUAUGUUCUCGGCCAGUUCGACCCUCUCAGCGGAGGAAUUGGACGCUCUCGAAAAAGCUCGCAGCAUAUCCAAUAAUUUUGUGGAUGUUAAAAUGAGCGCUUUGACUUCUACGGUUAGAAGGUUUCUUGAUAUGUUUGCUGCCCAACAAAGUUGGGAUUCCCGAGACACUUCGAGCUCUAGCGUGUUAGACGACUCGCAUGUGUCCUCUCAGAAUCUGGAUUCCCGGCUCGAGGGUGCGAUAGAGAACAUGCAUGAGGAGUAUCAUGAAUUUCUGAUAAGUCUGCAGGACAAAAUGAAGCAUUGCGCUGAGACUGAAAAGACGCUCGAAGAGAAAUUGGAAAAGCAAAGAGCCCUAAUAGCCCAAUUUGCAUCCCACUACAGGAAUCAAGAUGCUUGUAAUGCUGCUGACCGAAAUUCGGAGCUUCACGAGAACGGCAAUGAGAGAGAACCUAUUUCGUAUGCGCUCAACCUUAAGUCCAGUUUUCCCAUCGAUGCUGGUGCAUUCGACCUCAAGAACUCAAAAGUGAAAGAACACGGAGAUCGACCAAGUGCUGACAAUGGAAUGAACGGCAUUGCGGCAGAAUCGUCCCGGGUGGCUGUAGACAAUGAUUUUACCUUACAGAGCCUGGAUGAUAAUAAGUGGCUGGCUGAGAAAACUAAUCUCACAGAGCAGCUCUCUGAUGCUCGAUCGGAGGUUCAACAACUCACAAAACAGGUGAAGGAGCUGAAAUCCGAGAUUUCAGUCCUGCAAAGUGAUUCAGAACACGCGGUAGCCGAUUUAGAAAAGACAUUAAAACGAGCGGUGAGAAAGUCUGGUCUGUAUAUGAGCGAAAAUCGUGAUAUGCACUCUCGUAUUUCCGCAAUGGAACAUGAACUCGAGAACCUUACCAAUCACAACAAACAGCUUCAAAAAAACACCAGCGGCAUGAAGAGGGACUACUCGCUGUUGGUCAAUGAAUAUCAGAAGCUUCGAAAUCAUUUAUUAUUGCAUCUCAACAAAGUCUUUGACGUUUUCGAUAAGAUCUUGCAGAAACACUCGAUAAAUCAAGCGAAAAGUAAACUCAAAGUACUAGAAGAACUUAACACAACUGAAACUUAUCGAGCCUCCCACGCGAAACUCGAAUCGCUCUACGUUUUUAUCGAGACUGCCAUCAAUUCUGUAGUCGAGGAACACGCUAAGAUGUUACUGAAAGAGAAGGAGAGACGAGCAUCUCGCCUUCCCUCACAAAAGGAGGAUACUGCCACCAGCUCAAGCUUACGCAUUGAGCUUUUGGAACGUAAAUGGAUAGCAGAGCGAGAGAGGAGAAAGUUGGAUGCCGCUGCGGCAGAAUACCGAAUAUCGCACUUGGAAGAGGAAAACAGAAACCUGAGACAGCGUCUGAGGCAAAGUUACCAGAGUGGGGAGUGA